CCUCAAAAGCACACACUCUCUCUCUCUCAUCUCCGCCAAACAUGGCCGCAAUCUUCUCCUUCCCUCUCCUAUUCUCCCUACUAUCUACCCUCUGCGCCGCCGCAGGCGACGGAGCAGCGAGGGUGGAGCUAUGGUGCGUGGCCAAGAACAAUGCCGAGGAUGCCGCACUCCAGUCAUCGCUCGAUUGGGCCUGCGGGCCCGGCGGUGCCGACUGCGGGCCCAUCCAGCCCGGCGGCCCCUGCUACGACGCCUCCGACAUCCAGAGGACGGCGUCGUUUGCCUUCAACGAUUACUUCAUCAAGCACGGCAUGACUGAGGACGCCUGUAAUUUCCAGAACACCGCCGCUCUCACUUCUCUCAACCCUAGCUUUAACAAGUGCAAGCUCCCAUCAAGUCUAAGUAAUGGGAAGAUUAGCACACCAACAGAUAUGGGAUUAGGGCCUGCAGCAAUGGAUGUAAAUACCAGCAGUUCUAUAAAACCGGGCAGAUGGAUAUGGGAUUUGAUCACAACGUGUUUCUUGUUUGCAUCUGUAUUCAUUUUGCGAGGAAGUUGAAGCUGGUGGACUGUGUUUCUCCCCUUGUAUGUGAUGUCAAAGAUGAGAGCAAAAGUAGCAUUUUUCUCAAGAUCACCAUGGAAUCCAUUUUAUGUGCCAGAAUAGUGAAGUGUACUGUAUCAUCUGAAUAUAUCUACUUCCCCUUGCUGCAGCAUUGUUGUGUAUUCACCACUUCCCUAGCCUGUUUUCCCUCUGUGAUAUGUCUUUCAGCCCCUUUGGGCAUAUGUAUGUAAUUCCCAGUUUUAGGAUGUUGAAUAUUAUGGAGGUUGGUUCUUCAAAACUUGUUCUCAACUUUACUCCAACUUGCUAAGUUGGUCAGGUUGUUGAAUUGUGAUAACCACAAGAUUUUAAGUCCGAUUCUCAACGGAAGUGGCCUGUUGGGUAUUUCUUAGUUUGAGUCAGCUAUGAGCUUGACAACUUAGACUGAUUUA